GAUUUGCAAUUGUGUUUGAUAUCCAUCAAAUCAUAUGAAAGCAACGGAAAUCAGAAAAGCUGUUGAAUCACGCCAUUGGCGAUUCGUCUGAAGAAAGCAUUUAAGUGGGUAUAGCUACAGUGUUUGAUGAGGGACUAUCAUUGAAACGAUCUUAUCUUAUAUUUUACAUAAUAAUCUCGUCCAGAAGGUUUUGAAAUUCAAAGGCUCUGAUCUGACGAGAGAAUUAGUUGUGGAGCUGUUUUUAGCAAUGUCGAAGGGCGUAUUUAGGGUUAUGUCUCAUCGUCGGCAGCAGUUAGUCUGAGAUCUACACUAUUCGAACAAUUUCUUGUAAAUUCAAUCUUCUUCCAAUUCCCUCUUGCAUUCUCUGAUUCUGUUAAAGAAAUUACCCACCAGAAAAAAGACAAAUAUUUUCUUCAAUUGGUAUAAUACAUGCUCAGGAAACAUAUGCAUGGCGGGAGAGUUCAUCAACAAGUCGAGCCGUCUGCAGUGAAUGGGAUUGCUUAGAUAUUGUUCAAUUCAAGUUUUUUUUUAACACAAGAUAUUUAUCAAUUUCGAAAGAUUAUCAAAGCAUACGGGAUUGUUUAGAGUAUUGAAGAAGAAUGCUGAUGUUGCAAUCUACACUCACAACAUGUUUGCAACAUUAGAAAGUAAAAAGAAGAAGAGCAGCCGUAAGAUAAAGGACAAUACCAAAGAGGUUAACAAGGACUCAAAGUUAUGAACAAAGGUUACUGUAUCUGUCAUAUCUGGGGCUGAUUGUGACAACGACGAUGAUGAUUACUGCGCCACUGACCUACCCCCUGCUUGGGGUAAAGAUAAGUCCCAUAAGGAGUGAGAAAAACACUUGUGCUGCCUUUCGAGGAUUGCGGUCUAUUGAGCAGUUCACUUUGCAAAAUACUUUUUUAAAAUCAUCUGUUGUUCUGAAGAAGAAUGCAUCAUUUCUAAAAUGUAGAUGUGUGAUGGGAAGUGGAUCUUUGCAAAACACUGGAGGGGUUGACGAGGCAGUGGAUGCAGAAAUCACCCAGCCUACAGAUCAAAUUUUUGUUAGUGAAGAUGAUGGUGAUCUUGACUGCCCGUCAAAGGGAUUUUGCUCCAUCCCUGAGGCAAUUGAAGCUGUUAGACAAGGGAAGCUUGUUAUUGCAGUGGAUGAUGAAGACAGGGAGAAUGAAGGUGAUCUUAUUAUGGCAGCAUCCGCAGCAACCCCUGAAGCGUUGGCCUUCAUUGUGAAGCAUGGAACUGGAAUUGUUUGUGUUGCAAUGAAGGAAGAAGAUCUAAACAGGAUCGGCCUGCCCCUAAUGGUACCAGAAAAAGAAAACGACGAGAAACUUCUAACUGCAUUUACAUUAACUGUGGAUGCAAAAGUAGGCACAUCCACAGGUGUAUCAGCAGCAGAUAGGGCAAAUACAAUACAGGCACUUGCAUCUGCAGAUUCAAAACCUAGUGAUUUUAGGAGGCCUGGUCAUAUAUUCCCUCUAAAAUACAGAGAAGGUGGAGUACUAAAGAGAGCUGGUCAUACUGAAGCUUCUGUGGAUCUUGCAAUACUAGCAGGAUUGCGUCCGGCUGCAGUGCUUUGUGAAAUUGUUGAUGAUGAUGGUUCAAUGGCACGCUUACCAAGGUUACAAGAGUUUGCCAAGGAGCAUCAUCUACCCCUCAUAACUAUUGCAGACCUUGUUAGAUACAAGAGGAAACGGGAUAAGUUGGUUGAACGAAGUGCUAUUGCUAGGCUGCCUACAAUGUGGGGACCAUUUCAGGUGUACUGUUACCGUUCAAAGUUGGAUGGUAUUGAGCAUGUUGCCAUGGUUAAGGGCGACAUUGGUGAUGGACUAGAUGUACUGGUGAGGGUUCAUUCUGAGUGUCUUACUGGGGAUAUCUUUGGAUCAGCAAGGUGUGAUUGUGGAAACCAACUUGCACAAGCCAUGCAACAAAUUGAGCAAGCUGGCAGAGGAGUUUUAAUUUACUUGCGUGGCCAUGAAGGCCGUGGUAUUGGUCUGGGACACAAACUUCGAGCUUAUAAUCUUCAAGAUGAAGGACAUGAUACUGUUGAAGCUAAUGUGGAACUUGGACUGCCUGUUGACUCUCGUGAAUAUGGCAUUGGAGCACAGAUCCUGAGGGAGAUAGGAGUUCGGACUAUGAGGGUGAUGACAAACAAUCCUGCCAAGUAUGUUGGUCUCGGAGGUUAUGGGCUGAAAAUAGUGGGACGGGUUGCUGUUAAUCCAAAAGUAACACAUGAGAACAAGAGAUACUUGGAGACAAAGCGUUCUAAAAUGGGCCACAUUUAUGGGACAGAUGUAUCAGUGCCUUUAUCUUCACUCAUUCAAAGCAAUGUAAUUGACAAAACUACCUCCAAAUCUUCAUGAUUUUAACUAAAGAUCAGAUUUGGAGUUUGUCAAGAACAACAAAGAAAUUUCUUAUUUUAGUUCUUUCAGAUUAGAAGUGUAAUAGAGGAUAAGGAGGGUUGCCAAUUAAAUCUUGAAUGAAAAGAAAUAGAAGAGUAAAUGCUAGGUGUUAUUGCUUUGUAUUUGAUUAAACGUAUGAUAAGAUGAAAAAUAAUCUGAAUAUUCUAGAUCAAUCAAAGCUGGAACUGGAACUGAAACAACUAUUAAAUGUUCAAAAUAGACAAGAAUUUGAAAUGUGAGGAGAUAGAUGAACCUAUGACUGAAACUCUCUUCUGAUACUUGGGACAGAAGUGCUCCAGCAAAAAUUACAGUCAGAUCUGGACUUGAAGAAUGACUCUUAAAUACUAUAUCAUUUUUGCAUUUGUGAAA